CCUAAGCCUGUGAGGGGCUGGAGGGGGGCGUGGCCUAAGCCUGUGAGGGACUAAAGGGUUAUCCUGGAGGCCCCGGGGACAUGGGUCGAGUGGGGGCGAAGGGCGAGCGCGGGUUCGACGGAGCGCCGGGAUUGGAGGGCCUCCCCGGUACGAAAGGAGAACUGGGAGAAGAUGGGAGGAGCGGAGACACAGGUCGACGCGGUGACCCAGGACGACCCGGGUCAAAGGGCGAGCCGGGGUUGCCAGGCAUCCCCGGACGCAAAGGAUUUGACGGGCGACCGGGAGCGGCGGGGCGCGACGGCAGCAAGGGCGCGCCGGGUGCCAUGGGCGUCUCCGGCUAUAAGGGCGGUAAGGGCGAAGAAGGCGACCGGCGACGAGGUCAACCGGGCGUGGCCGGGAAGCAAGGCAUGCCGGGAUUCCCAGGUCAGCCGGGUCAGCCUGGGAUACAAGGUCAAGCCGGGCGACCAGGCGGCAGAGGCGACCCCGGGAUACGAGGCGACGAGGGGUCACAGGGCCUGGCGGGCAACCCAGGUCAAGUGGGGUCACCGGGUCGGAAGGGCGAGGAUGGGAGACCCGGGGUGGCGGGGGUCAGAGGUCAGAAGGGAGAGGAAGGACUGAUGGGAAUUCCAGGUCAGGCCGGCACCCAAGGUCGACCCGGCAACCGAGGUCAAGACGGCCGCAAGGGGAUCCCCGGUGACCUCGGACGACUGGCAAUUUCGGCUUCGACGGGAACCCGGGACCGAGGGGCCAGAAGGGCUACGCGGGAAACCCCGGCUUGCGAGGCGCCCCCGGAGACAACGGAACCCACGCGGGCCACGGCGACGAAGGCUUCCCAGGUCUACCCGGCGAUGCAGGUAUCCCCGGCCUCCCUGGCCCCCGGGGACUGGUGGGGGCCCCGGGGGAGGAGGGCAGGGGUUCCCGGGACCUCGUGGACGCGGUCGGCCUCGUGGGGGGAGAGAGGGGUCCCCGGCCUGCCUGGGGUCAACGGCAAGAAGGGCGAGAUGGGGGCCAUGGGUCUCCCGGGAACAGCCGGCAUCCGAGGCGAGCCCGGUGACGCUGGACUCCCUGGACCUCACGGAGGGGAGUUAGUCGGGCCUCGAGGACCGGACGGGAGGGUCGGCCUCAAGGGGCAGCGCGGAGAGGCCGGACGCUUCGGAAUCGACCCCCCCCGACCCGGGCCCCAGGGCACCAACGGCGCCCCGGGAGCCAAGGGUUACCCAGGGCGGCCCGGCGAGAGGGGCCCCGCCGGACCCACCGUGGGAGGGACCCCGGCCGAGGCGGGAGAGCCAGGAUUCCAGGGAUUAGCCGGAGAUCGAGGAUUCGACGGAUUGCCCGGAGGCAGGGGGAGCAAGGGCUUCAGAGGCGACGAGGGACGAAAGGGAGAUGUUGGUAGGCCUGGUAUCCCUGGCCGACCCGGAGAGGUUGGUACGCGUGGUCGCAUUGGCCAGCCUGGCCUUGCAAGAAGGGCGAAACCGGGUCAGAAGGGGCUCGGCGGUCGCCCGGGCAAGGUGGGUCGACCCGGGAGGUCAGGUCAGAAGGGGCGACCCGGCGAGUUCGGCCCGGACGGACCCCUGGGGGACAAGGGCUUACCCGGCGGGAGUCUGCCGGGCCUCGAGGGACCCCCCGGCGACCUGG